UGGACGACACACAAGGUCACAGAUUACUUUUGCAAAUGAUUUUCUGCUUUUCUGUCCUCUGGACCAUUUCCAGUGGUCAGCAGCUCUAUGAAAGUGGUUGUGAUAGUGAACAAGAUUCAUUUUAUCGUGGCUGUAAAGAGAGAGAUUUGAAAACAAACAUACAGCGAUUACAAGAGCAAAACAAAGAGUUGUUAUUAGGAUUGCGUGAUAUUGAAUUGAAGAACUUUAAGUACGCAGUUGUUUACAAUGAUAUUCUAAAAUUAUACGGAUCAAAAAUUGUCCCAAAUGACACCAAUAUUGCGGAGAUCUGUUUUCAACAUCCUGACUUUGUCACAGGAAGUCCCACAGACUGCCAUAGAUUUUAUAAUUGCUCCGAAGAGAGCAGUUUCUUCCAUCAGAUGUCAUCGUGGCCGACGCCAUUUCUACAUGAGUGUCCUUAUCCCUUUCUGUUUUCAGAGGAAUCACUCCAAUGUGAAAACUACACAGAUGUCGUUUGCGGAACACGCUUUGAGGCCACAUGGGAAUGUAGGUACUACUACCAUCAAUGCAAAUCAGCCCACUGCAUACCAUGCGCUUUUCGGUUCCCAAAAUGUGAGGACAAGAACGACGGACUCUGGCUUCAACCAGAACAGGGUUUCUCUCCUUUGUAUAUGGUUUGUCAAAACAACAGAACUAUUAAAACAGGGUCCUGUCCAAGAGAUGAUGUAUGGGAGACACAAACAUACCUUUAUAACGGAAAAUGUGAACAUCUUUUUGCUAUUCCAAAUGAAUAUAAUUCAAAUGGUUAUAUGUCAUCAUGCAAGGGGGUAGCAGAUGGAACAUACUUGACCACACCCGUACGUUGUGACGUGGUUUAUCAGUGUGUUAAUGAAACUGCUUACGUACUCAGAUUUCCAAAUGGUUUGGUUUUUGAUGUUGUAGUGGAAACUUGUGUAUUAGAAACGACCACCUGUACCCCAGUUAGAUAAUAUCCAAUAUCCAAUAGUCAAUAUCAAACCGGAUAUAUCACAAUUUUAAAUGGAGUUAUAAUAUUAUUGAUGUGGUUUUUUGAUAUUUACUAAAUUUCCAUCUUUGGAUAAUUUGCUAAUAGAACAACCCAUCCCUAAAAAGACGAUGUGAAGUAUACUCAUAUAUGAUUGUAUUUUUGUGUGAAUUGAAUUCGUCAUUUACCUAUUCAUGUAGAUGUUUGGAAAUGAAAUAUAUGUGUAUGCACAUUUAAAAUGGUUCGUAUAUUGUACAAGAUGUAUAUGUAGUAGGUUCAACGUGCAUUUUAGUAAGAUUAUAUCUAUUAUUAUGCCACAUAUUUAACA